AGUUUGUGUAUUUGGGUUUGAUGCGCAUUUUAUUCCGUGCGAUUGGUUUUGCAAUCUUAAGUAAAUUGUGCUUAACUAGUAUUUGAGUCGGGCAAAUGCUUGGCUUAUCGGGCCAUUCAAGUCUGGGGCAAAUUAAUAAAAUUAUGCAAAUUUAAAAGCUGGGCCAUAAAUCAUGGCUUCGAAAUGGCCCAAAGGCAAAUAAUGGCAACGUCAUUAGAUAAAUUUAUCUCGAAUGCCGAACAAAUUGAAAAAAAAGAACAACUGACAACAAAAUGGCAAACAGAAGAGGAAAAUCAAUAUUUGAAACCGAAAAUGUACAGUAAUCAGCAUAAUAUGGGAAACCGCCAUUAAAAUCAUUAUGUACCACGUUUAAUGCCUAUUUAUGGGUGAUUUCAAUUUAAGUAGCACCCACACCCAGACCCAGACCCAGACCCAGAUCCCCGUUCCAGAGACUGGCGGGAAAAUGCGAAAACAAAUACCGAAUGGUACUACGGAAUAACAGAAUAACGGAAAACGGAAUACGGAAAACCUGCUGGCGUUAAUUUUCAAUAAAAAGCUGCUCCGCGAAAAGUAAUUAACAACAAAUUACGGAACCGUAGCGAACAACAACAGCCGCAACCAACACACUUAAAGCUAAUUAAAUUUGGCUCUCUCCUGCCCCCCUUCCACAACGGGAGCCACAUCGCAACAGCUGGAGGCGGCAGAGUUGCCACCAUGCGCCACAACUAAUAAAUAAAUAGAAGUGAUCAAAACUUUUUGGUAUUCAUUUGGAAGAAAACAAAUAAAUUAACCGCUGACCCACAGCCAACAUCCAACAUCGAACAUACAAUUUCCAAGCCCAACCUAAUUGAUUUGCCAAUAAAAUUCACAAGACUUCAACAACAGCCUCAGAAAAAAGGAACCCUCCGCCACAUGGAGGAGGCACAGCCUGUAAUUUGUAACUGGCCAACUGCAAGACCCCAAGUAAUUGACGCCACCGAAAGGCACACAGGGUCCACGCUCACACACACAUAUGGACAUUAAUUACCGCAAAGUAAAGGAACCAACGACCACGACCACGGGCAGGGGCAGGGGCAGGGGCAGGGGCACGGGCACGGCGAGAAGGUGGGACCAGAACCAAAAUCAGAACCAGAACCAGGACGACGAGAGCUGAAAACCAUUGGAGCCAAGCGAAGCGAAACUAAUGUGCAACGGCAUGUAGAAAUGUCAUUUCUGUGCAAUUUUUGUUGCUCCAGUAAAUUAUUUUUUCAAUUUUUCCCAUUAGAGAAACCGCAUCAAAGCAGCCGCAACACCAGCGCCCACCACGGAUGACCACUUCAACGGGACAAACCAAACCUUUAAUCAGUGUCAGUGUUGCAUAUGCAAAUGGAGUCCUAGUAAUUGAAGGGUCGUAGAACAUCACACAUCGCUGGACAAGCCGCGACUGCAGGCGAGAACAAAAACUUGAAGGAGUUUACCUUGAGAACGGAGCACGCAAAGAAUUCCAUUGCGUCGACGCGGCGACGGCGUUGCUGUUGCUGUUGCUGCCCCUAGCAAUUCUUUUGACCACAACAAAUCUAGCACGCAAGGUGUCGUAGGAAGGCGCUCCUAGCCUUAAGAGUCUUAAGAGAGCAUUCUCCUUCGCGGCGAAUAUGAGCGAAGAGAACGACGAUUACCUGGCCCACGAAGCCGCUGCCAUGGCGGAUGAGGAAAGGGAUGUGGACGGUGGCGACGGGGACGGAGACGGGGACCUGGACGGAGAUGGGGCUGGGCAUGGGCAUGGCCGCAGCGUCGCAGCUGCUAAUAACGAGUCCGUGCUUGGCGGCCAAACAAUGCCACAAAUUAGUUCGAACGCACAGCUCGAGGGAAACGUUUCGCCAACACCGAUACCGACCCAGACAACGACGUCCCGCUUUGAUGAUAAUCUCCAGAAUAAUAAUAUUAGCAACAAGCACAGCGGCCACGGCAACAUUAACAACAACCACAGCAGCGGCGGCGGUGGCGGCGGCAAUCACCAGCAGAACGACUCCAGCCUCGGCGGCCUCGGCAGCCCCCUGAAGAGCCCCAAGCGUAACAUCUCGUCCAGCUUCCGGAUACAGAAUGCCCCCUACGAUGAGGACGAGGACCUAACGGCCGGCGACUUGCAGCCAGACAUCGCCGGUGCAUCUGCUGCAGCAGCUGGAGGUGGUCCUGGUGUUGGUGUUGGCAAUCGGCACGUACCCGGCACGGACUACUGGCAGCCAAGGAACGGCGGCGGCUCAGUCCACGGCGGUGGAGUCCAGAGUGGUGUCCAGAGCGGCCAUCAGAGUCGGGCCCUCAGCCCGAGCUACCUGGACAACAUGAGCGAGAACUCGGAGCAACCGCCUGUUGUGCCCCUGGUGCGGUCCAAGUCGCGUCCGGAGAUCUCUAGUGCGGCGGCCUCCCGCUACUCCAAUCUGUCCUACUGGAAGGCCCGGCGCGUGGUUUUCUACCGCAACGGGGACCCGUUCUUCCCGGGGGUGGAGCUGCGCUACAGACCCGGGCGCGAUGUCACGUCGUUGGACAACCUUCUGGACAAGAUAUCGCCCAAGAUGGAUCUGCCGCGUGGGGCACGCUAUGUCUUCUCCAUGGACGGCGACCGGAAGUAUCAUCUGGACGAGCUGGAGGAUGGCGCCUUCUAUGUGGUCUCCUCGUUCAAGGCGUUCAAGCCUGCCAGCUACGGCAAGAAGAACGGGAUGUGGUAUGCAUCGCCUGGAAAUCAGGGCUGGGGCUCCAAGCCCGCCAGUCGGAAGCCCUCAAUAAUGGAAGCGGAUUUGGGCACAUUAUCGACCACAUCAGGCUCGAUAAAGCGCAGUGCCGGCCGUGUGAUACGCAUCAUCAAUAAUUUGGAUCAUUCGGUGCAGUGUCGCGUUUUGUUGAACCUACGCACCUCGCAGCCAUUCGAGGAAGUGCUCGAGGAUUUGGGUCAAGUGCUGAAAAUUAACGGAGCAAAGAAAAUGUACACAGGCACUGGCCAGGAGGUCCGCAGUUUCUCCCAGCUGCGGAACGAGUUCGCCGACGUGGACACCUUCUACCUGGCCACGGGCACUGCUCUGAUUGCCGGCUCACCCAUCAGACGGUCGCGGUCGAGACCCUCGGUGGUGGCCGCCGCCCCCAUACUGCCCACGGAUGAGCUGCCCAAGGUGCCGCUGCGUGGGGCAAGGCCUAGGAGCAAGAGCCGGCCGCGCAUACUGUACGCGCCGGAGAGCGAGAUAUUGCGACCGAAUGGGGAGUACACCAUGCUGGACAUCAUGAAGGAGGAGCCCACCAAGGUUACGAUCAGGGGCUUGCGGCGUACCUUCUAUCCGCCCGUUCACCAUGCGCCGGCUGACAACUCGCCGCCGGACAAAAAGUUGCAGCUCCAAUGGGUCCAUGGCUACCGUGGCAUCGAUGCUCGCCGGAACCUUUGGGUCUUGCCGUCCGGGGAGCUGCUCUACUACGUGGCCGCUGUGGCCGUGCUCUUCGAUCGGGACGAGGAUGCUCAGCGCCACUACACAGGCCACACUGAAGAUAUUAUGUGCAUGGAUGUGCACCCCUCCAGGGAGCUGGUGGCAUCGGGGCAGAAAGCUGGACGCGAUCGCAAGUCGCAGGCGCAUGUACGGAUCUGGAGCACCGAGUCCUUGCAGACACUCUACGUUUUUGGCAUGGGCGAACUAGAUAGUGGCGUCACUGCCGUCGCAUUUUCGCAGCUGAACGGAGGCAGCUACAUCCUUGCCGUGGACAGCGGCCGUGAGAGCAUCCUGUCCGUUUGGCAGUGGCAAUGGGGUCACCUGCUGGGAAAAGUAGCCACACUGCAGGAGGGCCUAUCGGGCGCCGCAUUCCAUCCGCUGGAUGAUAAUCUCAUCAUCACACACGGGCGCGGCCACCUGGCCUUCUGGCAUCGGCGCAAAGAUGGCUUCUUCGAGCGGACGGAUAUUGUCAAGCAGCCAUCGCGCUCGCACGUAACGAGCGUUCAAUUCGAGCCGGAUGGCGAUGUCAUAACAGCCGACUCGGAUGGCUUUAUCACCAUCUACUCUGUGGACUCCGAUGGCGCGUACUUUGUCCGCACCGAGUUCGAGGCCCACAACAAGGGCAUCGGCUGCCUGAUCAUGCUGGGGGAGGGAACGCUGCUGUCGGGCGGCGAAAAGGACCGCAAGAUAGCCGCCUGGGACUCCCUGCAGAACUACAAGAAGAUUGCCGACACUAAGCUUCCUGAAGCCGCUGGCGGCGUGCGAACGAUUUAUCCGCAGCGUCCUGGGCGCAACGAUGGCAACAUCUAUGUCGGCACAACCCGCAACAACAUCCUCGAGGGCUCGCUGCAGCGCCGCUUCACCCAGGUGGUCUUCGGACAUGGCCGCCAGCUGUGGGGUCUGGCCGCACAUCCGGAUGACGAGCUCUAUGCGACGGCUGGUCACGACAAGCAUGUGGCGCUGUGGCGCAAGAAUAAACUGAUCUGGACCAUUCAGACGGGGUACGAGUGUGUGGCGUUGGCCUUCCAUCCGUUUGGCACUCUUGCUGCGGGCAGCACUGAGGGCCAUCUGCUGGUCAUCAACUGUGAGAACGGAGCGGUGAUGUUGACCCUUCGCGUCUGUGGCUCGCCCCUCAACUGCGUGGCCUACAAUCAGGUUGGUGACAUGAUUGCCAUGGGCUCACAGAAUGGCAGCAUUUACCUCUUCCGCGUCUCGCGCGACGGUUUUUCCUACAAGAAGGUCAACAAGAUACGCGGCUCCCAGCCCCUGACACACCUGGACUGGAGCAUGGAUGGCAACUUUGUGCAGACGGUGACAAUUGACUUUGACCUGCUGUUCUGGGACGCCAAGUCGCUGUCGCCGGAGCGCAGUCCCAUUGCCAUGAAGGAUGUCAAGUGGCUGACCAACAACUGCACUGUGGGCUUCCUGGUGGCCGGCCAGUGGAGCAAUCGCUACUACAGCACCACCAACACCAUCGUAGCCACCUGCAGUCGCUCGGCCGCACACGAUAUGCUUGCCUCUGGCGAUGCCGAGGGAUAUUUGCGUUUGUUCAGGUAUCCGUGCAUCUCGCCGCGCGCCGAAUUCCACGAGUCGAAGGUGUACUCUGGCAUGCUGGCCUGCGCCCGCUUCCUGUGCGGGGAUCACACACUCAUCACGGUGGGCGGCACAGACGCUUCGCUCAUGGUGUGGGACAUUGUCGAGGAAUAGCUGAAAUGGCCACCGUGGCGCACCACUGCCCAGUACGAGUCGUGCUACACGGAUUACUGGAAUCGCCGCACAUCGCGGGUCUCCUCCACAUUGCUGGACAGUGACUCUGUCGACUAUCAGUGACUCCAUUCGAGUCCGAUCGGCUCGGUUCUGGACAGUGUUCUGCUUGCUAGAGAUUCAAACGAACAACAAUUGGCCAGCAUUCCGUUUUUUUUUUUGUAGAUGAACGAAAUAUUAAUAUUAGAUAAUUGCACCAAUUGCAUUAAUACGAUCGAAAUUCAACAUUUUCGAACAUUUUUUUGAACAGAAACAAAUCACGAGCAAACCGCACUCAAAACGGCUUCCACUCCGAGAAUCUUCCGUUAGUCUUGCCAUCUGCAUUUGUCCCUGCCUUCCCCCCAUUCGAUUAAACAACUAAAACUAACUCUAAAUGCCACUGGUGGAUACUACAACUAUAACUUUACGAAGCGAACAGCCGCAGUCAAAGCCUGACAAACUAUACUUCAUCUUCCACAACGUCUAUAUCUUGGUGUGUCGGUACCUUCACCUACACCUUCCCCGAACAAAUGCAAAUGCAGUAACAUAACCAGACAGUACGACAGUAAGUGACAAACAAACAGACAUGCAUCUCACCACAAACGCACUCAAACAUACGGAUAAUGAAUACCAAGAAGUGCACUUCCAACUUAUAUACAUAUACUUAUAUACAUAUAUCGAAUGUGUAUUGUUAAAGCAACUUUUAUCAUAAGCGUUGAAAUAA